AUGUCCGUCGCUUCCCAUGAUUCUUCUCAGCUUCCACCUUAUUACAUCUUCCCCAUCCACCCUGUCUCUUCCCAAAGGCCACAGUCUCAGUCUCAGCAAGAAGUCCCAUACCUACAUUACCAAAAUAUCAACAACACAUACGCCCUUGACUCUUUCAACGUCAACAUGGCCACCGCAACUGCUAGUCACAGACGCCCCCAACAAGACGACGCCAGUGUCGCGCAGGCUCUCGAGAUUGCUCGUGAGAGCCCUGAUGGCUCAUCAGACCCUACUAUUAGCAAAAUACUCGAGGCUGCUCUAACACGAAUCUGGACUAAGGUGGAAAUGCACCCCAACUCAUAUGUCAUGACUCGAGAUGAGUUCGCUGUCUUCAACUUCUUUCAGUACCGCUUCGACAACAACGAGCAUGCAGUGAACGCUCGAAAGCGAUAUUGGGACAACACUCAUGCUUGA